AUGACAGCUUUCAUCAACAACCAUACCUCCAAUCAAGAUUUAAUAGACAGAUCCAAUCAAAAUUCGGUUGAGCGUGUCUUGGAAUGGUCUCCAAACAAACGUUAUUGUCGACUCAACACAUUACUCGGCAAAGGUGCUUUCAAGGUAGUCCAUAAAGCCAUGGAUCUUGAAGAAGGAUAUGAAGUUGCCUGGAAUGUCUUGCAUAUUGGCCAUGAUAAUAACAAGGAUGUAAGACAUGAAAUAGAAAUCCUCAAAUCUGUGCGUCAUCCCAACAUUAUUGCUUUUCAUGAUGCCUGGGUCAGUGAGAAUCGUACCGAGUUUAUCUUUGUAACAGAACUGAUGACUUCUGGUACACUUCGGGAAUACAUUCGCAAACUAAACUUACCCAAUCAAAAAAUCGUGAAACGUUGGUGCAGACAGAUCCUGAAAGGCCUUGCUUAUCUCCACGGUCAUCAUCCACCCAUUAUUCACCGUGAUAUCAAGUGCGAUAAUAUCUUUAUUAAUGGUGCCCAUGGUGAAAUCAAAAUUGGGGAUUUGGGUACGGCUGAGAAUAUGUGGCUGGGUGAUAAAAAGUAUACAGUCAUCGGUACACCUGAAUUUAUGGCUCCAGAAAUGUAUGAAGAAGAAGGCUAUAAUGAAAAAGUGGAUUUAUAUGCUUUUGGCAUGUGUCUGAUUGAGAUGACAACAGGCGAAUAUCCUUAUUCUGAAUGCACCAAUACAGCACAGAUUUAUAAAAAAGUGUGUCAGCAUAUUAAACCUGAAUCACUAGCUAAGAUUCAUGACCAACAGGUAUUAGAAGUCAUCAACAGCUGUUUGACUAGAUUAUCUGCACAAGAAUUGUUAGAGUGUUCAUUCUUGGCUGUUGAACCUGAUGUAGUCAUUUUGGAAAAUGACCCUUUGCAUACCAUCGUGACUUUACAGGUCGUCUUUAAAGGGUCUGAUAAACUGUCUGUUAAGUUUGAAUUCAAUACGCAAGAAGACACAGCAGAAGAAGUAGUAGCAGAAAUGAUUGAAGAACAAGUAUUACCAGAAAGAUAUCAACAGUGGAUUACGAAUGAAAUCAACCGUAUUUUACGAGACCUUGAAAAGGACGAAUCUGAUGCCGAGAAAUACAAGCAUGGAGAUGGUUCUCAACCUGUUUGGCGCAGAGAGAAUGAUAUUCGGUCAGAACUAGAGAAAUCAAAAUUAGAGUUGGUCAAUCUAGCCAAUAAGGCAGCUGAUAUUGAAAAGAAAUGUGAGAUGCUGAAACACCAAGCCAUGCUUGCUGAAGAGAAAGAAAGACAUCUCUUAUUAGAAUUGGAAAAAGCCAAGAUACAAAGCGCUGAAGAAUCAGAUGAAGGAGAGAUAUCUGAUCUACAUAAACUCACGACAAGAGGUAGUGUUGGAGGCAUUUAUCCUAAACAACUCAUUGUGUGUAUAGAUUAUCCUGAUGAUACCAGUAUUGAUGUAUUUGUGCAUGAUACAGCCAAAGCAGUCAACCGAGAUCCAUCUAAAGCAGAAGAAUGGAUUCAGAAACUCAAAAAUCAAGAUAUUAUGACUGUAGGUGAUUUAAGAGAAUUACUUGAUGAAGAUUGGUCUGGCAUUGGUCUCACUGUGUUUGCUAUACGAGCACUAAAAAAUAUGCUACAGAACAGUCAUGAUAACAGUACAAAUAACAGUGAUACUUCCAUGCAACAAUAA